AACGCGCUUGAAAAUUUUCUUUUUGAAUUGUUCGUAUUUGUUUCAAGCUGCAGUAAGUUAUUUCUUUUCUCUUUCUCAUUUUUUUUUCUUACUUCUCCUAUAUACGUUCAUCUCUGCGAUCACCAGACAAUAGUCUUUAAAUUCAUAUUUGUCAUAAAAAAAAAGUAAUGAAUAAGUUAAAAAAGUGGGAGGUAUCUUUCCUACUAUUGCCGUUAUUGUUUGCGGCUCGUGUUCUGGAUGUCAUAGGCUGGUUGAUGGAAGGAUCAUUUGGUUUGUUCUUGUUCCAUUUUGAUUAUCAAAGUUAUUGGAGAAACUUUUAUGCGAAAAUGGCUAAUAUUGUUAUGAUUGGUACAAAUAAUACCGAAAGUAGGAAAGAGACUUUGUGUGAUGACAACCAUAAUACUACAAAUAAUCAAUUGUCGCAAGAAAAUGUUUAAGGCUUAUCAGUUCAGCGGCUGCAGGGGAUUCUCUCAAAGCAGAAAACAAAGCUGGUAUAAAUUCAACGGACACCCUUCA